CUGAGUCUCACUGUCUGUAAUGUACUGUAAUGUGAUAUCAGCAUAUAUAUGCUAACCUCUUGCAUCUUCACCUACCUCUGAUAACUCCAUUCCUUCUUAAAAAUAAACAACCCUUCACCAUUCACCUUCUAUUGUUUAUGUCUCUCUCUCAGCAUAAGAAAAAGGAUUUUUUUUUUUUGGCCUGGUGCCUUCGCUUCUGGGCAAUUCAAGAACUGGGUGGUUCUUGAGCAAGUACUGGUUUUGAGCUGGGAAAUGAAGACCCUUUUGUCCGACUGAGACAACCCAGAGAGGGAACUCAUCGAAGAGACUUCCUUUGCCGGCGGCGAUAUUUGCAAUGGCGCUUUUGGUCUGAAUGUGGUUCUGGUGGACAGACUCUGCUAUGGGAAGGUCUGGGGAAGAGAUCUAGGGUUUCUUGUUCUCUGCUAGAGAAGGAACUGUUUUGGAGAAGGUUCUUGGAGGAUUGACUGAUUCAGGCAGUCGCUUCUCUGGUGAAAAAUGGGAUCGGAUCUCAAUUCAGGCCUGUCGAAAAGCACGUCAUUGUUUGGUCUCAAGGUAUGGGUCUUGGUGGCGAUAUUUAUCUGCGCAUUUAUUGUUGUGAUCCUCGGGGUUCUGUCGCUCUGCCUUACUUUCCGGAAGAGAUCGAGGAGGGCUAAAGGCAAUCUUCCCCUUGCUCAAAUUCCAAUAAUUUCAAAGGAGAUCAAGGAGAUAAAGGUCGAUGAAGCUUCCGCGAUUAAUGAUAAAUUCAGGGAUGGGGAUUUGGAGAAGGUUCUGAUGCAAUCUGAGAAUGGAGAUAGCAGUCGAUCCGGCUCUUUUAAUAAAGCUGAGAAGGAUGGGAUUAUUGCAGCCCAAUUGGAAGGGGGAACAAAAGGCACUGUUUCUGCUUACAGGCCUUCUUCUCAUCCCAUAACUGCCCCUUCCCCACUUGUGGGUCUGCCCGAAUUUUCUCACCUUGGUUGGGGCCAUUGGUUUACUCUCCGAGACCUAGAGAUUGCAACGAAUCGCUUCUCGAAGGAAAAUGUUAUCGGUGAGGGCGGAUAUGGAGUUGUUUAUCGGGGCGAGUUGAUUAAUGGGACCCCCGUUGCUGUGAAGAAGCUGCUUAACAAUCUUGGACAAGCAGAGAAGGAAUUCAGAGUCGAAGUAGAGGCUAUUGGUCAUGUCCGGCACAAAAAUUUGGUUCGACUUUUGGGAUAUUGCAUUGAAGGGACUCAUAGGAUGUUAGUUUAUGAGUAUGUUAACAAUGGAAAUCUUGAGCAAUGGCUUCAUGGGGCAAUGCGUCAAUACGGGCAUCUUACUUGGGAAGCUCGUAUGAAGGUUCUCCUUGGAACUGCUAAGGCGCUGGCCUACUUGCAUGAGGCUAUUGAACCAAAAGUGGUGCACAGAGAUAUCAAGUCCAGCAACAUUUUGAUUGAUGAUGAAUUCAGUGCUAAAAUAUCUGAUUUUGGCUUGGCCAAAUUGCUUGGAGCUGGAAAAAGUCAUAUCACAACUAGAGUUAUGGGAACUUUUGGAUAUGUGGCUCCGGAAUAUGCAAAUUCUGGUCUUCUGAAUGAGAAAAGUGACGUAUAUAGCUUUGGGGUCGUGCUUUUGGAAGCAAUUACUGGGAGAGAUCCCGUAGACUAUGGUCGGCCUGCUCCUGAGGUAAAUUUGGUUGAUUGGCUCAAAAUGAUGGUGGGAAGCAGAAGGUCUGAGGAAGUGGUGGAUCCAAACAUCGAGAAGAGGCCAUCGACAAGUGCGCUCAAGAGAGCCCUUCUGACAGCUCUGAGAUGCGUUGAUCCUGAUUCUGAGAAAAGGCCGAAGAUGGGCCAAGUAGUCCGGAUGCUGGAAUCAGAAGAAUACCCAAUCCCUCGUGAGGACCGAAGGCGUCGCAGGAAGACCGGGACAUCUGAGGUCGAUUCCCAUAGAGAGGACUCUGAUACUGAGAAGAGUGACAAUCCCGAUUUUAAUUCUGAAAGGAGAAGAAACAACCGAGAAUAGGAUAUGGAACCGAGGAAUACUAGUGUGAGGCUGAUUCAUGCAUAGCUUCGUCUAUGAACAGCAUUGAGUACGAGUUACUGGAAUUGGUCCGGUUUCUUUACCUACCCAUAGGUGUAGCCGUGUAGGAAGAAAGUAUCUACUUUGGGAACUAAAAGAAAUAUGUAUGAAGACACAUUUUGCCUUUUAUGUCUGUACAGUUUGCCGCUUCUCUGUUUAGCUUUUGUUUUGUAGGUUUGUGUCAAUUUAUGAGAAUGUGAAGAGGAUAUGAUUCGGAAGAGGUUGAUAUUGCGGUUUGAUUUUUUGUUGUUUAAAUUUCAGAAUAUAAGGAAAUAUUUUCCGAU